AUGGCCAACAACGAAGACCCCGCGCAGCAGCCCUCGAGGCCCGUCAUGGCUCGCUCCUCCACGAUCACGAACCGCGCAGAGUACGACAAGCUCUGGCACGACUCCCGCCUCUCGCUGCCGCCUUUUGUCCGCAUCCCCCUAGCGACCCUGACGGCAUUUGGAAUUGGCAUGUCUCUGGGCCUUGCGCACGGCAGCCAAAUGGCCGGCCUGCGUUUCCGCGCCGAACACGCGCACCGCCUGCCCACCAACACGGCUGGCUGGUACCUCUACCACAAGAGCAAGAACUACCACCUCGCAUUCGGCGGGCUCAAGGAAGGGUUCAAGGUCGGCGGCAAGCUCGCAGUGCUCAGCACGGCCAUGUUCUGCGUCGAGAACCUGUUCGAUGUAUACAGAGGCACCAAGGACAUGUUCAACACCGUCAUGGCCAGCGUAGCCAUUGCAAAUGGGUUCAGUCUCUGGAAUCGAUUCUCGGCCCCCGAAACCGCACGCACCGUCAAGAAGGGACUCAAGUUUGGCUUCGUGUAUGGAGCCGUGCAGGAUGCCGUUUCGUUGCUCAAGGGCCGUCCAGUCGGUUACAUCGAGUUCAUCCGGCGACAGCUGGGCAAGAACGCUGCCUCCGAGGAGAAGCAACUCAGCUGA